AUGAAAGGAAAACUUUCUCUACGUUUCGACAAGGCAAAAGUUCAACAUUUGUUGAAGAUUAGAGAGAACACAAAUGGAAGCAUAGGUUUAAUUAAACAUUUUUCAGAUCAUGAGAGUUCAGGGACAUUAUGUAGAAAAAGAAAGACUCAGACGGAAAAAUGGUCUCGUUUCCAUUUAUUUGCUUAA